GACUUUUAGUUAGAACUGUUUUUGUUUUCAAUUUCCCGAUUUGUGCUUAAUUUAUUGAAAAUGCCGAACGAAGACCGUGAGCUGUUUCAUAAUUUUAUUACAAAACUUCAAACAGAAAAUGACAUAAAGCCAAUUUUAAACGAUAUUAAAAAUAUGUUUAGUUUUAAACCACCUUCUAAUGCUAAAAACACUCUUACCUGCCUUGGGGUGUCGAAUAUAAUUCGGUGUCUGGACGUUCAAGAUAAGGCAAAUGUCGAUUUGACCUGUGAAGUUUUAAAAGUAUGCUUUGAUAAAUUUGGAGCAGGAGAUGUAAUAAAACAUUUCACAGGUCAUAUCAUGUAUUUACUUCGCCAUGAUAAGGACUGUGUGAGAAGACUGGCUGUUGAUGAGGUGUUCAAGUCAGUGAAAACUGAUCAAACAUCCUUUCCAGUUGCACAACACAUUGAUGUGUUUGUAGCUGUUGCACAAAUGAUUUGUGAUAAAGAUGUAGGAGUGGCAAACAAAGCAGUCACUAUCACAUCUAAUUUGCCCCCUGAAGUAUAUCCUAAAAUCUUAGAAGAAAUGAAGAUUGCCUUGGAUGAAAACAGUAGCUCUAAAUGUAAUGCUUAUGAAGUGGUCUGCAAUAUAGCAAUGAAAUCACCAGAGUUAUUUACUUUAUGUGUUGAACAAGGAUAUAUUGACCAUAUGAUUUCAGAACUUAGCACAGAUGAUAUUUUAUAUCAACUCAAUAUUCUUGAAUUGUUGUCAAGGUUUGCUGUCAAACCAUAUGGAAUUCAUUAUUUAGCAAAAGAAGGUGGUUUGGAUAAAAUUGCCACAUUAAUUGGAGAUGUUCAAAGCAACCCUCUCAGUGGGCUUAUGUUACCAGGGUACCUUAAAUUCUUUGGCAGUAUCGCACAUCAUUAUCCAAAAGAAAUAUUUGCUAAGUAUCCAGUAUUUUUGAAUUCUUUAUUUCAAGCAAUUGAGUCCAGUGACCAGUCGGUGCAAUUGCCAGUAGCUUUAGAUACAUUAGGCUUCAUUGGCACAACCAUUGAAGGAAAAUUAUGCUUGGCUGCAAUUGGAGCUCAGUUUAUUCAAGCUGUUGAUAAAGUUGGAGAUUUGAUAAAAAAUGGUAUUACUGAAAUAAAAAUAAGGGCACUGAAUUGUUUAGCCAGUUUAAUCAGUGUGGAAAGGGACAAGGCAAAAUCUAAUCCAGUCGAUCACAGAGUAACAUUAAUGACAAGGGAAUGGUUUAGAAGCCUUAACAAACCCAAUGGAGCAAUGGAGUUUCUGUUUGAAACAGUCAAGAAUCCUUUCCCUGAUAUUAAAUUAGCUGCAUUUAUUCUACUUGAUGCAGUAUGCCAACACAUGUGGGGUGAACAGGAUGUUGCAAGAGUUGCAGGUUUUGUUGAGUACCUUUUAGAUCGCUCUGUAAGUGACACAAAGGAAGCAAAAGAAGCACGAUAUGACAUCAUUAAAAGAUUAGCCCAUUCAUCUGCAUUUGAAUCCAAUAUCCUUACGAGAUUACAAAAAUAUGUAGAGGAAGGACCAUUUUACAUGGAAACAAAUUUGCAAGUUGCAAUGGAGGAAGGGGACUGAUUUUUAUAUUGUACUUUUUUUCAAUGGCAUUAUGUUUUAAUUAUAAUAAAU